AGUUGUACAGUAUAUUGAUUAUACGGUUUAUCAUGUGUUUAUCGAAUGCUAACCACCAUACUUCCCGAAUUCAUUUUGUCAUUCCGCGAUAAGGAUAAAUGGCGGACGGAAAUGAUUUAAUUGAAUUCACUUCUGUCAAUGUUGACAGAGGCAGUGCUACUGAAUUAACACAUUUGAAACGUCGGACUGACAACUUCGAAGAGGUUAGGAAUAUUCCAAACUUGCCGCAUGAUAAGGAUUACCACAUGUUUAUAUGUUACACCCAAGACAAUGCGGAGGAUGUGAGAAUUAUUGUUAAAAAUCUGGAAAGAGAAGGGAUAAAGUGCUGCUAUCAUGAACGGGAUUUUUUACCUGGGCAACAGGUAAUCAGAAACAUACACGACUCGAUAAAUAGGAGUAUGAGCAUAUUAGUGGUACUCUCGGAGAAAUUUGUUCAAAGUGGGUACGGUAAGCACGAAAUAGAACAAGCAUUACAUGCCAGUAUCGACCAAGAGUACACCAUUAUCCCAAUUAAGAUAGAACAAUGUGAUGUUCCCAAGCUUUUAAAACAUUUCACAUACAUAGACGCUACAAGCGUUGAAGCAACUGAAAGGCAUUUGAAAAUUCUUGAUGCUUUUAUAUGGAACGUUUGGCACAGAGAUCAAAAUGUCGAAAGCAAUGGCUUUACCCUUGAAUUUCCACUGAGCAGAUGCGAGACUUGUUGUAGAUGGUUUUCAUUAUCACGGAUAAAAUUUUUGUUUGAUGAAGCGAGCCGUCGUAGAAUAAGGAAACACGACUUUGAGAUUUCAGACGAACUUUUGGAUGAAAUUCAAACGAUUGUAAGCGACUCCGUCUACAUAAAGUAUGCACACAUAGUCAACAAAUUUACCCGAUUGACAACGUUCGUCUUCCUCUUGAUGAUUCUGCUAUUCAUCGUUGUGUUGAUUACGAUAUUUCAGUAUACAUUAGAACCUACAAUGAACAAAAAGAAAGUCGCAACUGUAGGCGAAGUUUUUGGUUACGGCUUCUUGUCUCUUUUCAUUUUGUGGCUGUGUGUUAUUAUUGUACACAACUGUGGAUCGAUCGGAAACUUUAAAAGAUGGAAAGGAAUGACAAGGGGAUUAAAAGAAAGAUCAAGAGCUAAUCUAAAAUGGACGUUAUGGAAGAAAAUCAACAGCAAAUUUGCAGAGUCAAAAAGACUGGUCAUAAUUUUCAGAGAUACGACAGUGCUCAUAAUGAGAUAUGACUUCAAACCGUGCCAGGACUUAUUCAUGCAUAGAUGUAAUAUCAACGAAAGUCUUAAAAAGAAAAUGCUACCAACAGAAUCGUUGCGGGCAUAUGCGAAUCGAUUAUUUAGAAACUACAUGAAAGAGAAUAUAGAAAUGUUGUCUGUGAAAAGUGAAACAUUUGGGCGGCAUACAAUGGAAAACGGAGCAAAGUGCCUAUGUGAGCUGGUAGAACACUCGAUUUUGCUGCAGGAAAAUAUAGAUCCAUAACAUCACUUGAAAAUGACUGCAAGGUCGUAAAAAUGUGCUUUACUCUCAAGUUUACAUGUUUUGUCGUAAAUAACUAUCAUGCUGUAAUGGGAAACAGGAAUAAAUCAUGCAUAUAUUUACCAUAUAUAUCCUUAGGACGGCCAGCACAUAUUUAUGCAAUCUCGCCAGGCAUAUGUAUGUUUUUGACAACACAGAAAAUGACGUCACUCGACCUUCAGCUAUUUCCGGAAGUAAAUAAAAUGAAAGUAGAAAUGCUAAACUUGAAAACGAAAGCCACAUUUUGAUUCGUAGAUAGUCAGGGGUCACGCGCAGGGGUCACCCCGUCUAUAUGUAUGCGCGUGGACUUAUUCUUUUUUUUUUUUGCUAUUGGGGAGCCAAUUUUCAGCACUUUAUUACGAAUUGAAAUUACCUGGGCUUUAGUACAGCAUGUCAACUUUUAAUCUAUGAACUGGAUAAACACAAAUCCCACAGGGGUCCGUAAAGGACCAAGGGUACAUUGAUAAUUUUGGAACAUCAUCAAAUCGCUCAAAAUGUCAUUUUUGAUGUUGUCUGAGAGUGUCAGUAUAUGCCUCAGAUGUAAGAUAUAACCGUAUUUGAGAGCUGCAGACCUAGACAUUUCAGAAAUAUUUUCAAAAUAAGUUUCGUGUAGGCUAAUAAAUGUUGUUUCUACGGAAGCGUAAAAGGGCCAUCAGACGCUAAUACGUUUUAGUACGUUAAGGCUGCGGAAAGGAUAUAGGCUGUGUUUUCCUCUAUUCUUCGAGUGUUUUUACAGCUUAUUAUUAUAUAAAAAUACAAGAGUGGCAAACUGUCACAAUAUACGCUCGUCAUUGCAAAUUAUUUCUAACUUUUAAAAUACUACUAGUAGCUCUACUCUACUAACUAAGCAGACUAGUCGUCGGUUUUCUUAAUAUCGACUAAUUAGAGGACUCUAACACCUGAGCAGAAAAGACUACUUGGCUGGUUAUCGAACUUGACCAAGAUAAUACACCCAUAAACAUUCUGAUUAGUUUAAGAAGUGCUCAAGUUAUUAAGUGGACACAGUCAAUGUUCGAAAUUUAAGUGAUUCUAGGGACCAAACUAAAGAGAAACUGAAAGUAUCCGACCGUAGUUUUCAAACUCGUCCGACAUAUUACACCCAUAAACAUUGUGACCAAGUUUGGUGAACAUUGGAUAAGAACUUGUUGAGUUACAGAGCGGAGCUGCCGUAGGUGAUAACAUUGUAUACAUACAUUGGCCGUAAUACUGUAAACAUAUUCAAUGCUGUUCUUAAAAGUACACGAACAAGCCAUAAUGGAAAUAUUGACCUUUACCAUAUUUGCGUCUCGCGUAUCCCAAGACGUGUUUUACCCAGAGCCAUGAAACAUUAUAGCAUUGUUGUUCCAUCAUGUGAACUUGUAAACUUGAGCUUUUGUUUCGGAUUUCACUCAGCAGGACCAGACUCAUGGCCCUUGACUUAGUCAAAAGCGUGUAUAAAUGCUCUAAAAAUGUGUGUCGUAUGUAUCUCAAACUGAAGUAUUUUACCUAGAGUCAUGAAACAUUAGAGGAUCAUUAUUCAGCAUGUGGAUAAAAUAUGUGAAAAGAUCCUUUGGAAGCAUAGAACGCAACAAAUCGACAUAAUAGCAGACUCGGUUUGAUUGAGUCAGUUCAUGAGAUGUAAUGCAUGAAGUUUGCGCCGGGGGUUUUGUUUGGGAUUUUACUCCGCCAAACCAGAGUUAUGGUCAUUGUCUUGGUAAAAGAUAUGAUAGAGGGCUUAAAAGCUUGCGUCGCAUAAAUGUCAAAACUUAUUUGACCUACAGUCACGAAACCAUGUAGGAAUGAUAUGCAGUAUGUGAAGUUGUGCACCACAGGUUUGGUUUUGUAUUUCAGUCUGCAUCACCAGUGUUAUGAUCAUUGACUGAGUCAAAAAUAUGAAUUAAAUAGCUAAAAGAAUGUGUUGCAAGUUUGUUUUACCUUUCACAAUCUCUUAUUUUUGUUUCUGGAUGAUGUCUUGUAGUAUCUUUUGACAUACACAAAUGUUUAAUGACAUUAUUAACAUUUGUUUUUAUCGCUUUAGUGCGCAAUGCACCCUUACGAAAUAAUAGUAAAAAGAUGGAUUGAUAAAACAUGUAAGCAUGUUCGCACAAGGCAGACAUUUACAUUAAAGAGUCUGUAUUAGCAAUAAAAUAUGAUAAAACCAAAAUUUAUGUGUCACAUUUGUCUUCGGGGUUAUAAAACAAGGUGAUAGCAUCGAGUCCCAUAACUCUGACCUGCAUUUUGGCCAAAUUAUGCCCCCUUUUGGACUUAGAAAAGUCUGGUUAAAGUUUUGCGUGCAAGUACAUACAGCUAUUACUUAAAGGCAUAUAGAUUUGAAACUUAUUUUUUAUUUUUCUAGAUCAAUUACCAACCUCACUGGGCCAAGUUCCAUAACUCUUGACAUGUAUUUUGGGCAAAUUAUGCCCCCCUUUGGAAUUCUGGUUAAAGUUUUGCGUGCAAGUUACUAUCUGCAGAACAAAUGCAGGUAUUAAAUUGAAACUUUACAUGUGCCUGGGUUAUAAAACUAGUUGAUUGCAUCAAGUCCCAUAACUCUGACAUGCAUUUUGGUCAAAUUAUGUCCCCUUUUGAACUUAAACCUUCUGGUUAAAGUUACCAGUUACUCUCUCCAAAACUAAUGCAGACUCUAUAGAUAUUUUAACAUUUAUGUUAAUAUUUUCCUGCUUCUGGGACAAUAAUUCGAAUAGUCGAGCAUUGGCUGUCUUACGGACAGCUUUUGUUAUGCAAAUACUGAAUAGCUUAAAUCUAUUCACAUGUGUGUGUAAUCAGUAGUUGUAUAAAAAUGAUUAAAAACACAGAUUUACUGGAAAAAUAUUUAUCAAGGGCGUUUCUUCCCUACUUUUCAUAUUUUUCACAAAUGGCGGCCAUUUUGAAUGAUUUUGGCCAUUUCGAUUUUUUCACUGCCUUUCACUUUUGAAUUUAAGAUACCAUAUUCUCACUUUCUUCUAAGUUUUAUGCUUUUUCCACAAAUAGCACGAUUUUUAUCCAUAUGCAUGCACUAUAUUGACAGACUUAAUUAACAUAGAAAGAUAUUUUAGAGGUGGUCAAUCACAUUAAAGCAACAUUUAAUGACAUUUAGUACAUUCUGUUGAGAGAUUUCUUAUAUGAACAGAAAGACCCAUUACAAUUAGAUUCCUAACAGAAAUUUAAGUUUUAUUUUCUUUUAUGAAAUUUUGUAAUUAUUUCCCCUUAAAUUAAUAUGAAAGUAAUCAAGAAGUGGGCUUUUUUUUCAAUUUCAGUAUAAUUUCUAGUUUGAUAUUAGCAUUUCAACAUUUAGAACCAAAAGGCAAUGUUUGUACUAGUGUGGAAGUUCUGAAUUCAGUU